AUGUCUCAAACGUCUUUGAAUCAAAACUCAUGGACAUUAUUACCGCAACAUUCACCAAUACCAAAUGGUCUUGCGAACCUUUCUCUUGUUGGGCAACCAACAUUUCUUCCACCACAAAUACUUCCAUCAUCGCAAGUUCAAAUGCUAUCACCUAUUCUAAUGAAUAAACCUACUCGUUAUCAUGUUCCACGUAUUAAUCAACAUAAUUUAGAUGAUAUUCCAACAGAAUACCGUUCUAUGUUAGCAAUAAAUUAUCCACCACGUAGUGAUGAUGAUCUUGAUGGAUGGUUUACGUAUUUUCAAUAUGAAGUUGCUAUUUAUAGACAAGCUAUGCGACGUAUUAUACUUGAUGUUAUGCAAUUCCGUCAUCAACAUAAAAUCUUAGUUUCAGCAAAUAUGGAUUUACAAUCAAAAAUCGAUAAUUAUGAUAAGAAAAAACGAGUUUUAUAUCAACUUUUUGAAGGUGAUAAACUUGAUAAAGAAAAAAUUCGAGAAAUAUUUGGUAAAAAAAA